AUUAUUAUUAUUUCCUUAAUGCGUGUGCAUUUUUGGGAGUUUUCCCCCACAUUGAUAUUUGACAUACACUCCCUCAGGCACACACAAACAUCCUCUACUCCCAUUUCACUUCACACACAUCGGCUUUCCCAAUCUCACCUGAAUCUCUCUCUCUCUUUCUCUCUGUCUCUCUCUCUCUCCUGGUAGAGAGAACCAAACCGGUAAACAUGGAGCCACCGCCGACGACGACGACGGCGACGUUCCAAGACCAGCAGAGCCACUACAACUCGCAGCACCGCUCCAUAGAGACCCUCGUCGUGGUCCUCGCAGUCAUCACCAUCUUGGCCGUCCUGGCCGGCGUCCUGGCUCGUUUGUGCGGCGGCCACCGCGGUGACCACGACAUCGAGGGCUGGGUCGAGAGUAAAUGCCGCAGCUGCAUCGACGCCGGCGUCCCCCCCUCCGCCGCUCCUCCUCCUCCGGCGGCGGCGGAGGAAGCCAAGAAGUGACAAGAGUGGAUUCUGUUUUCUUUCUGCUUCUGCUACUGCAACAACAGUGGUGAGUCUAGUAAAACACUUGUAACAUCAUCAUCAUCAUCAAGAUGAGAACUUUAAUUUGGGGGCCUGAUCAUUAUGAUGAUUCAGAGUUUCUUGGA